AAGCAACAUGCACUUAGCGCGUGGACAACAGGUUGACUUUUUUUUCUAAUUAAGAAAUAGCUGAAGAUAACCCGUCAGUACUCAGUCCUCAAGACAACUUUCGACGACAACCCUGGCCACUAUAAGCAUCGAAACGAAGAAGAAAAAAGCGCAAGUUAAACCACUCGUCCAACAUCAAGGCGCGGCAUAAGGAGACUGCAACCACCGAGCUGACUCUGAAGUCUUCAUUGGAAGCGUCGCGGCUCUCAGACGUCCGGGCGUUGGAUAAUACGGUGGUGGGCUUCGGGGUUUAUGCCAAGGAGACCUACCGCAGUCUUUGUGAAAACCCCAGUAGGGAACACCAAACGUACUUGCAGUGGGUGAGGAGACAGAGUAAAUAAGGGGUCCCUCAUGCAUAGCCUCCAGCAGUACGCCAUCGGCCGCGAUAACGAGGCCAAGGAGCAGCGCAGCUUAAGCCAAGAGAAACCAUCAGAUGACAUGCUCCUUGAAGCUCUUGAGGAGGUGGUGUCUCAAUCUUCUACCUCACAGACGAUGGUAACACCACCACAACCAUCAUCAUCCUCAUCAUCAUCAUCACCAUCACCACCACCACCACCUCCUGAGACAGAGGCCAGACCGCACCCUGCAGCCGGACACAGAGCCACGUCCCACCCGACCUCUGGAGCUAAGCUGCUUCCAAAAUCCUGGAGGCAGACCCUGCCCGAGGAUCACCACGACUGGGUGGGUCGUGCGCUGUUUGUCCGAGGUCCUAAAGGGAAGGCGGUGCUCACAUCUAAACUGCAGCUCUGGUGGAACCCACCCACGAGACCACUUUACUUCACGCAGCCCCCUGCAUCGCCCAGCGCAUUUUUUUAUAUGCGUUUGUUUUUGUGGUGCCCAUACAAAAUGUGGGGCUACAAACUCUUGUGCCCCACAUGUAAGCGACAGCUUACUGGGGGGGGGCUGUAUAAGACAGUAAGGAAGGUGCUUGAUGUCAGCAGCUGGUAUCUCAUGGCCACCGAAUACCUCGAGUGCCACACUUGCAAGAAGAAGUUCGCCUCGUGGGCGCCAGUUAUCAUCAACCAGAUGGACAUAGCGCACCAAGAAAAAUUCCCUGCCGUUCUCACUUACAAGUUGUCCUGUGACAAAAAAGUGGUUGCACAAAUGAGGGCACGCACCCUGGGCAACAGCGCCACUCGGCUGCAUUCCACAUUGCUGGAGGAACACACCCGGUUAUGGAUGACUCAGUCCAUCGAGUACUUGUCCGUGAUGAAACAAUUUAGCUGCGCUGGAACCUUCCCGCUGCCCAGGGUGUACCUCCCGCCCAUGCAACAGCUACCCAGGGUGUCCUGGAUCCUGUCGGUGUACAUCAGGGAGGUGCUCCCUCGCCUGGAGUACACAAAGGCCAGGAUCACGUCAACAUUUGGCCAGAUAUUAAAGAUGCACUCAAAGAAGAUGACCAAGAAGCUGGCCGGUGAAGCUGCUGGAACAGCAGCAUGGGUCACCAACGUGGGCAACGAGGACGGCCAGGUACUCAUGUCGGUGCUCACUGCCACUGAGGGGGAUGGACUGGUGGCCAUGGCUGACGGACUCAUACGGCGCUACAGAGAGGCAAGACAGGACCCUCCACAAGUGCUGUAUGUAGACCGCGACUGCUGCGCCACCGGACCAUCUAAGGUGGCAGUAAUGUUUGGCGAGUGGAAGCAGCUGGUGUUGCGGCUAGACGUGUGGCACCUCAUGUGCCGCUUCGCCAGAGGCGUCACCACCAAAGCGCAUGUCCUGUACGGUAAAUUUAUGGCGAGGCUCUCCUUUGCCAUUUUCGAGUGGGACGAGGGCGACGUGACGCGCCUCAGGGAGGCCAAGCAGGCGGAGGCGGGGCACAGCAGCUUUGUUAAGCUGUCGACCAGGGAGCUGACCCGUCACUGCCGUCGCCGCACCAGAGGGGCAGAGGAGACGGAGCGGCUGAUCCAAGAGGUUCUGGACCACUUUUGGGAGGCCAAGGACACAAUGGGUGUCAGCCUCUUCAAUAAGGAAAGCAUGACAAAAAUUUGGGGGACGCAGCGACGCCACCUGCACUGCAUCCAGGACCCACCAGGCGUGGCUCUCUAUACCAGGACUGGCAAGGUGACCAGAGGCGGGGUUACUCUGCCUCUGUUGCGUUGUGCGCGAGGAUCCUCAUCUCUUGAGUCUUUUCACCUCCAUUUGUGUCAAUUCAUUCCAGGAACAACAGCCAAUGCCCUCCACUUCCAGGUUUACCUCCUGGAGGGCCUGUCGAGGUGGAACCAGGACAGAGGCAGAGCGGCGGUGGUAGAGUCGGCCAGAACUGCAACGAUGCGUUGCUAUGACGGCCGUCUGCAGGACGCCUUCCAUCAAUUGACGCAGCUCCUGGGUUGCACGCUGGUGGGCAAUUUCACCCCGGUGGGCAAGUACACAGGGGAGCUCAUCGGUAUCGAUUACUUGUACUCCCAGACGGGCAUGGUGCUACAAUAUAAUGUCAGCACAGAUCCCGACUGCCCCGAAGCGGCCAGCAGCCAGGUGGACGAGGAGGAUGACACAAAUGUGGAUGAGUUGGAUGAGGGCUACGAAGACGCUGCGCUGGGAAACAUACUGUACGCUGCCGAGUUGCCUGCCUGUUUUGACAACACUCAGCCCAUCGCCCCACAUGAAGAGGAAGAAGUAAAUGUCAGAUUUGUCAGCAAAGCGGAGCUCGUGGACACCGUUGUCGCAUCAGUGCCACUUCCAAGUGCAGAGCAGACGGUGGUAGAGCAGCUGCCGGCAGUGAAAGAGAAGAUAGCGGCGGUCGAGCAACCAAGAAAGCCAUUACACUACCAACACCCAGCCGACAACUCUGGCCUGGCGGUGACACGGAGAGGGCCUGUCGUGCCAGAGUUGUACGCGGUGCGCCAAACCGCUUCCGCCUCCACUGCUGCCCUCGCUGCUCCCUGUGCCGCCUUGGCUGCUCUCCCCGCCGCUGCCACCUCUGCUGCUCCCUCCACCUCUGCUGUUCCCUCUGCUUCCUCCACCUCUGCUGCUCCCUCUGCUUCCUCCACCUCUGCUGCUGCCACUACAUCUUCUGCUGCCUCCUCUGCGGCCGAGGCAUCUUCUCCUGUUUCCUCUGCCAGGGUGUCCUCCUCUACAGCUUGGUCCAGGAAGAAGAAGGAGUUGGAGCUAGAGCGAGCCUACAGCCUGGGUCAGCUUUUUCUAAAAAAGACCCCUCGGAAAAUGGAGCAUUUUCGCUGCAAGCGCUGUGGCUUUCCAAAAAACAAAGAGCACGGCCACAGUCGCUACAGGAAUGAACAUUUUUGCUCCCGAUCCGAGGGGCGCUCAGUGGAUGAUUGGCUCGAUGAAAAAAGGAGCCAGGACAAUCAAAGAAAGACGACAACUAAGCAAACAAAGGAGACUGUCCACCUGCGCCCGCUGAAGCCCAGGUCUCCCCGUGAGAGUGGUCUUUGAAAGGAUCAAUCCGGGUCAGAGCCAGACUUGACAACCGGCUUUGAUGCCCCCUCCGCAUCUUCAACCAGUUCGAGAGAUUCACAUCACGAAGUCUCCAAUGGCCCCUCCACAUCUUCUGGAAGAGGCAAAGGCAGACCUUCAAGAAUGACCUUAUAUUGGCGCAAGAAACAGCUCGAGGCCGACAGACAGCUAAAAUAAUGUUUCAGUAAUGUUUGUAUUACAAGAUGAUAUCUUAUCUGACUUGUGAAUCCUUUUAAAGGUUUUAUUACAAGAUGCUAUUUCAGA